GUGAUCAAAGUUGAAUACUGAGAGAGAGAGAACUGAACUGAAACACACAGGAAAAAACAGAAACGAGAAUUGGGUUCCAUCGUUUAACGUUGUUACUUAUUGUCGUUUCGUUUUUACCAUUUCCAUUGUUUUCUUGGAUUCUUGAAAAACGAGUACGUAAGUGCCGAAUUUUCUGCAUUGAUCAGUUUUGAGUUUUCUUGUAUCUGAAUCAGUUUCCAAUGGAGGUUGAUGAUGGUGGUGGUGAUAAGGGUAAUGGAAAUAGAAAACGUAAAAGAGGAUCGCCCAAAAGAAAGCUUCUUGUUAAUGAAAAAGUCGAGCUGAGGAGUUUGGAGGAAGGUUUUCUGGGAUCAUGGCAUCCAGGGAAAGUAAUUCGGUGCGGAAAGAUGAAGCGUUAUGUCAAAUAUGACAAUAUUCUUGAUGAUGACGAAUCAGAUUAUCUUGUGGAAGUGGUGAAUGUUUCAAGUGUUUUGGAUGGUGCUAAUUCUUCUUCUGUUUCAAAUUGUGGCUAUGAACGCGGCCUCAUUAGACCGUUACCUCCUCCUAUCAAGUUUCGGAUAAAGGAACUUUCAUUCGGACUCUGUGUUGAUGUGAAUUAUCAGGAAGCUUGGUGGGAAGGGGUGAUAUUCGACCGAAACGACGGAUUCGAGGAGAGGAGCAUUUUCUUCCCUGAUUUAGGUGAUGAAAUGAAGGUUGGAGUUCAACAAUUGAGGAUCACUCAGGAUUGGGAUGAAGAAACUGAGAAUUGGUUGCCAAGAGGGAAAUGGGUGUUUCUUGAGUUGUUUGAGGAGUGUGAGAGAGUAUCCUAUGUUGCGGUUUCGGUGAAACAGAUUUGGUAUGAUGUUAGGAUAAGAAAGGAUUUUGCUGAAACCAUUAGAGAAUGGACUUGUAAUGUGAAGGAUUUGUGGAGAGAGCUUGUUGUGGAAGUAAUUGGUGAAUACUAUACUCUCACACUAAGUGAAGUUCGCUCCGCCUUAAAUGUUCCGAAGAAUUUACUGGAAGGAGGGUCAUUUGAACACACUGAUAAUGUUCUUUGUGAUGAUAGGCCUAAGGAAAACGGCGAUUCCUCAAAAUUGUUGGAUACUGAUCAAAACUGUGGUAGCACUAGUAUCAUUCCUGUUCAAGAGGAAUUUGAGAAGGAAAAUCUUUUGGAUGAAGAGCCUGAAUCACAGAAAGAAAUUUCCUGCAAUGAUGAUGAAUUGGUUUCGAAUAAGAAUAAAAAACGGAGACGCUCCAAGUCCGUAGUUUGGAAAACUCUGGUAAUGUCUGAAGUUGAAUUCUGUCCUGAAGUUAUAAAUGAAUAUGCAGCUGGAUGUAGGAGCAAGACGGUUCGGGAGCUUUUGAAGACGAAAGUAAGAAAACAUCUUGCAUAUCUUGGAUGGACAAUUGAGUGGACUGAAAACAAUUAUCCUCAACAUAAACGAUACCGGUACAUGUCUCCUGAUAAACUCGAUCAGAAGGCUUACGCUUCGAUUUUUCAAGUUACUAAAGUUUUGCUAAAGGAGCCUGUGCCGUCUCAAAUUGAUCGCAAUAGGAUGCAUUCGCAAUUUGACAGCAAUAUUUUAAAUCUGCUUUCUGAUCCACCUCAAAUGAAAAAGGAUUUAGAUGUUAACCCUCCAACCAAGAAACCUUCUCCAGUGAUAGUUGAAGUUGAACCUGAAUUAUGUCCUAUAGCCGUCGUUAAAUAUUACUUUCAUGCACUAGAGAGAAACUCGGCUGAAAAAAGGACAUGGAAAUUGAAGGCGAAAAAACAUCUAUUAGCAGAAGGAUGGAUCUUUGACUACCCAACUGAAAGAAGGAAGACAACUUUGUACAAGUCUCCACAAAAUCAGUGUUUAGGCACACUUCGAGGUGCGUGCAGACUAUACCUUAAAGCAAAGAUUCCUGAAUGGACUAAUGCUGAUGAUGGUGAUGAUGAUCUAUUGGUGAGUGUGUUUCAAUUGCUUCAAAAAGAGCCUGAAUUGCAUACUAUAGACAAUUCUCCGCCAAGUAAAUCAUCUGUGAAGAGAACAUACAGACGCACCACGAAUUCAAAGGCUAGCCAACCAAAGAGCAUAGAGGAGAAUGAAGUAGAUACCGGCCGGGUGCUAAGGUCAAGCAAAAGGGUGCAGAAGGUGUUGGGUUUGACGCAUCAAAAGCCUCAAAAUGUUAUAUCUUGGUUAAUAGAUUGCAACAUUCUGUUGCCAAAAUACAAGGUCUUUUACUGGGAAACCGAAAAAGGGAACGCUCCCAUGGUCGAGGGAAGGAUAACUCAAGAAGGAAUCAGGUGCAGUUGUUGUCAGAAGGUUUAUGGCCUUAGAGGCUUUGCAAAUCAUGCUGGUGGAAGUAGUAGCUUCAGGCCUUCUGCCUGUAUCUUUUUGAAGGAUGGUAGAUCACUGUUAGAUUGCAUGAUGCAAGUAAUGCAAUAUCAUAGGAGAAAGGAAGUUGCGGAGAAACCGUGCAGUGAUCCGUUCGAAGGCGAAAAUGACAACAUUUGUUCUGUUUGUAACUAUGGUGGCGAACUCAUUUUAUGCGACCAAUGCCCCUCGUCGUUUCAUAAGAAGUGUCUUAAUUUGGAGGAUAUCCCUGAUGGUGAUUGGUUUUGUCCAUCAUGCCAAUGCGGGAUUUGCGGCCAAAACAAAAUUGAAGAGGCUAAGGAUGGACAUUUUCUUUCUUGCAUUCAGUGUGAACAUAAAUAUCAUGUUGAGUGCCUCAAAAAUAGAGCAAAAGAAAAUUCAAGAAGAUAUAUGGAAAAAAAUUGGCUAUGUGGAGAAGAGUGUGAACGGAUCUACACGGGCCUCCAAAAUCUAUUGGGAAAGCCGGUUUUAGUUGGUGCAGACAAUCUAACUUGGACAUUGGUGAAGUAUGUCAACUCUGAGAAUUGUGGUGCUGGCAGUGCUGAAAAUGACUUACCGGAAGAGAGUUUUAGCAAACUCCACGUUGCACUUUCAGUGAUGCAUGAAUGUUUUGAGCCCUUACAUAACCCUUUCUCUAGCAGAGAUAUCGUCGAAGAUGUUUUAUUCAACCAAAGGUCCGAGCUCAAUCGACUAAACUUCCGGGGUUUCUAUACCGUACUUCUAGAGAAAAAUGAACAAUUGGUUAGUGUGGCAACUGUUAGGAUAUUUGGAGAGAAGAUAGCUGAAGUCCCCCUUAUAGGUACCAGAUUUCAGUAUCGACGACUUGGAAUGUGCCGCGUUUUAAUGGAUGAGCUUGAAAAGAAGCUAAAGCAACUGGGGGUGGAGAGGCUAGUCUUACCUGCUGUUCCUGGUGUACUAGAAACAUGGACCAAUUCCUUUGGCUUUGUGCAGAUGAAAAAUUUUGAGAGAUCAAAGUUUUUGGACUACUCUUUCCUAGAUUUUCAAGGAACUGUCAUGUGUCAGAAAAUGUUGACAAGACUUCCAUCACCGGAUUCAGUUAUAACUAGAGACAUAAAUACAAAGCAACAGGAUGCUGGUUUCUCCGUCAAAUGUCGAAUUGAUUUUGAGAAGUCGAGUCCCAUAUCAGAAGUGGACCAAGAAGAAGGGAUUGGCAAAAGUGGAAUAAUGGAUCUACAAGUUUGGAAACCAAGGCCUAAUUCCUAAACCAAACAAGAAAAUAAAUUAGAUUAUGUGAAAGAGACAGACAGAGAGACUUGGAGUAUGAACAAUUCUUUUUACAUGUAAAAUAGGAACUAUAGUCUUUUUAGGUUAAGUUCAUCUUCAUGCUAAUUUGGUGAUGUUCUUGGGAUAUUUUCAGGGGCACAUAACAUAUGCGACAGUGAUUUAAACAUGUCACAUUAUUGAUAAAUAAUCUAGGUGUUAAUAGGAUUAAUUAAUAUACUAUUGAUAUGACUUUCAUUGUUAUGUGAUUUUUCCUGAUGAACAAGACUCUUUGAAGUGAGCAAAUCCUAGUUUAUUGAAGUGUAUUAGUAUA